CUCUUAUAUUCGUGUCCGGGCUUCUGCUUGACUUCUCUUUAUUCCAUCCUGCCAUAAUCCUCCAACAUUUGAACACGAUUGAUUCUAUUGCAAAGCUAUUUGACAUCAAGAACCGCAUCUUAGUCAAGAUGUCUGCACCAAACCAAGGCCGUCAAUCCCCAGAACCUGAGCGCCAGACCGGUGCUCAGCAGCAAGAUACUCCAUCUCAAGGCAGCGGAAAGAUUGAUGAGUCCAAGGCAAAGAACGAGGGAAAAGAUGAUCAGACCUCUGGCUUGACGAGCAACCCCACACAUAUCCUUCACGACCAUUCGGAGCAAACAACUUCAAAGAAAUAAAAGCAGGAGUGUAAGCUAUCAAUUGACUCCUCAAGGAGCAAGCACGAACAUGCCAGCAGUCGAGCUCGUGGUGGAAUGGCCAUUGCAUAGACAAACUUAAUGAGAAAGCGGCAUUUGUCGGAUAAGAACUGCAUUUCGUCUCAAAC